ACCAACCCUCUGGACCUCCCAGAGCCCAUAGAAGAAGAAGAAGAAACGCACACGAUGGAAUGCACUGGGAAGAGCUCAUGGCCUGAGUUGGUAGGAGUCGAGGGGAAGGAGGCAGCGAAGAUAAUCGAGAGGGAGAAUCCUGCAGUCAACGCCAUCAUCGUGACGGUCGGAGAAUCCGUCAUCCAGAACUUCCUGUGUGGUAGGGUGUGGGUUUGGGUGAAUGAAGAUGGCAAAGUUGCCCGAGUUCCUAAAAUUGGAUAGAUGUUGACGUAGAGGGCACCUUGGUUAUUAAAUAAAGUGGCAGAGAUGGUAUAUAUUUUAUUCUGUCGCCCAUAUGAAUAAUAUUAACAUGCAAUGAUUGUAAACACCACCGUUCAUUCAAGGAAAACUCGAUAUUUUAUGUUUGGUUUGGUGAA